UCCUCUGGAUCCCACUUUGUUUCCAUCUUGCUCCAAACUCAGCCACGUAUAAUGGCUUCCACUUUGUCAAUGAGGAAUUACCCGAUUGGCCGCCAGCCCUCCUUCUCCAGCCUUUCUCUGAGGGACACUGGCCGUGCUCGCUCCCGUGCCUCCGUCUCAUUUGCCGCAGCCAGCCCACUGACCCGUUCAGCCUCUGUCAGCCAGGAUCUGAAUGGGCCAAUCAGCCUCCAGCUUAAUGGACUGCAUGGCAACAGUACCAAUGAGAAAGAGGCCAUGCAGGGUCUGAACAACCGUCUGGCCAACUACCUGGAUAAGGUGCAUUCACUGGAGCGCUCAAACGCAGACCUGGAGAUGAGGAUCAAGCAGCUGAUGCUGGACCGCAUUCCUAAAGGCCAUGACCUUGACUCCAUGAUGGCUCAAGCUCAUGCUGUUGAGCAAGAGGUGAGGAAGAGGACUUUGGAAAAUGCUCGCCUCAUGUUAGAGAUUGACAAUGCAAAACUGGCUGCUGAUGACUUCAGAAUCAAGUGGGAGACGGAGCUGGUGAUGUGUCAGUCUGUGGAGCGAGACUGCAUUGCCCUGAAGAAGGCCAAGACAGACCACGAUCAGAUCAUUGCCACUCUGAGAGGAGAUCUGGACAGCCUGAAGGAGGAGCUUUACUUCCUCAAGAAAAACCACGAGGAGGAGAUUGAUCAGAUGAAGUCUCGUCUUGCCAGAGAUGAGGUGAACGUGGAGGUGGACUCGGCCCGCGGACCGGAGCUGGCCACAGUUCUGUCUGAGCUGCGCACCCAGUAUGAGGGCAUUGUGAAGAGGAACAAGGAGCAGGCAGAGGAGUGGUACCGCAAGAAGCUGGAGACGGUGCAGAACGAGGUGAAGGAGAGUAACGAGGCCCUGAGAGGAGCGCAGAGCGAGCAGACGGAGAGGCAGCGCUUCCUCCAGACCCUGGAGGUGGAGCUGGACAGUCUGCACAAACAGGUGGCAGCCCUGGAGGGUAACAUGGGUGAGACGGGGCAGAAGUACUCUGCUGAGAUGGAGCGACUGCAGGCCACCUUGAACCAGCUGGAGGACGACCUGUCCCAGCUCAGGCUGGACAUGCAGCGCAACAAGACCGACUACGAGCAGCUGCUGCGCAUCAAGCAGAACCUGGAGAUGGAGAUCGCCACCUACAGGCGCCUGCUGGAGGGAGAGGAAGCAGUCAAGGAAGUCCCUCCUCCACCAAAAAAGGAGCCGGACGUUCGCACUCGAAAGAUCGUGAAGGUGGUGACUCAGACCAUGAUCAACGGCAAAGUCGUGGAUGAAUCCAGCGAGGUGGAGCAGAUAGAGGAGACAAAGAAAUAAGGGAAAAAAGUAAAAGGGGGAGAGCGAGGUAAAUGACAAGAAAAGGGACUAAAGGAAAGACAAGAGGGAUAGAACACCAAGGAGAACAUCAGAAAAGAGGAGAAGAUGAGUGAGAGAGGGAAUCAGAAUAAAUGAGAGGGAGGAGAGAAAAAAGAUGCAAAGGAAGAUACAACAUCAGCAUCAGACAAUCUAUUUUACAAUAGAAAAAGUUUUCUUUCUUUUAGUUCUUACUUUACUAUGAAAGUUAUGUCUUUUUAUAGAAAUGUUAGGCCUGGAUUGGUUUAACAACCUCAUUUUGACUCUUUUUUUGUUUUCUUUGUUUGUUUCUGGAGAGUAAAUAGAUCAUACAAGCAUAACUAUACGUGUAUUAACUUCUUUGAAAACCUGCUUGCUCUCCUAAGUCGUACUGUAGCUCUGCAUGUGUAUUCAUAUGAGUAGAGGUGUAUGUGAGACAAGUGAAUGACAUAUAAACAUUACUAACUUUGUAUUCCUUUACUAAUAACAUGUUGUGCUCUUAAACAAUAUAUUUAUUACUAAAAGUCUGUGUAGCAAACUUUACUGCAAUAGGUGAAAUACAAAAAAAUAGAUAUUUUUCACUAAGGUACAUUUCAUUUUCUUUGCUUUCUACGAUGUGUUUGUGUUUGUAUUUUGCGGAAAUAUGAAUAAAGACUUA